AAUCUGUCCAUUCUGCCGCCGGCUGAGAGCGAAUGAAGGCCGCAGCCUGUCUUCAAAUUAUCCAUAUUUAUUGUAACGCGAUAGGCCUCUAUUUGUAGUUCCGCGUUACAGCUUAGUUAUAUCGGCGUAUUGUGCUUUUGCCAUUCGGUAUUUACACUACUGAGGUUCAUUCAGGCUGCGUUGUAGGCCUACCGUCCCGGAGACAGGUGCUUUAUGAUGACGCCUUUCUCGGAGCUCGGUCAAUGGAGAAGGUGCAUCGGGGAUGAUUCGCUUUGUUUUCACUAUAUUCAGCAGACAAUAAACAGAUUGUAAACCCAUAUGGGCUGUACGGGAGCGAGGUUUAGUCUGCGCGCGCGAGACAGCUUCGUUUUUUAUUAUUUAAUGGACUUCAGUUAAUCCGCGGGCAAUUUAAUUGAUUCACGUGUAAACAUUUGAAUUCGUGAUAAGAUGGUGUUCAGAAGUGAGGAGAUGUGCUUGGCCCAAUUGUUUCUGCAGUCUGGCUCCGAAUACGACUGCAUAAGUGAACUCGGCGAGAUGGGACUCGUGGAGUUUCGUGAUCUGAAUCCCAGCGUCAGCUCCUUCCAGCGCCGCUUCGUCAGUGAAAUUAAAAGGUGUGAGGAGAUGGAGAGAAUCCUGGGAUACCUUUUGAGGGAGAUUCGUAAAGCUAGUAUCGCUGUUCCAGAAGAGGAAGCGAGUCCAGCCGCCCCUCCACCUAAAGCAGUACUGGAGAUAAUGGAGCAGCUCCAGAGGUUGGAGAUGGAGCUGAGCGAGGUGGCGAGGAACAAGGAGAAGCUGCAGAGGAACCGCCUGGAGCUGACCGAGUACACACACAUGUUGAGGAUCACACGCACCUUCACCCACAGCCGCUCCAGGCACGAAGCCCUGGGGCCCCAGUAUGAAGAGUUCCCCACACUGGAGACCGACCCAGCAGGGACCGGCUGCACCGGCAUGCAGAGACUGGGGGCCAAGCUGGGGUUUGUAUCGGGUCUGAUCCAUAGAGGGAAGGUGGAGGCGUUUGAGCGAAUGCUGUGGAGAGUGUGUAAAGGCUACACCAUCCUGAGCUACACAGAAGUGGACGAGAGUCUGGCUGACCUGGACACUGGUGAGAUCAACAAAAGUGUAGUGUUUCUAAUCUCCUUCUGGGGCGACCAGAUUGGGCAGAAGGUUCAGAAGAUCUGUGAUUGCUACCACUGUCAUCUGUACCCCCACCCGGAGAAUGAUGAAGAGCGGGCGGACGUGAUGGACAGCCUAAGGACACGCAUCCAAGAUCUCAACAAUGUGCUGCAUCGCACCGAGGACUACCUGAGGCAGGUUCUGCAGAAGUCCUCGGAGUCGGCCUUCUCCUGGGUGGUGCAGGUGAAGAAGAUGAAGGCCAUCUACCACAUCCUCAACCUGUGCAGCUUCGACGUCACCAACAAGUGUCUGAUCGCCGAGGUGUGGUGCCCCGUCAGUGACCUGGCCAACCUGCGGGGGGCGCUGGAGGAAGGCUCGAGGAAAGGGGAGGCCACGGUGCCGUCGUUUGUCAACCGCAUCCCGAGCAACGACACGCCCCCCACCAUGCUGAGGACCAACAAGUUCACCUGCGGGUUCCAGAGCAUCGUGGAGGCCUACGGUGUGGGGGACUACAGAGAGGCCAGCCCAGCUCCGUACACGAUCAUCACCUUCCCCUUCCUGUUCGCGGUGAUGUUCGGGGACCUUGGCCACGGGCUGGUCAUGACCCUCUUCGCCCUGUGGAUGGUGCUGACGGAGAAGAACCAGAAGAAGAAACGCUCCGAUAACGAAAUCUGGAACACGUUCUUCGCGGGCCGCUACAUCAUUCUCCUGAUGGGGUUGUUCUCGGUGUACACCGGCCUCAUCUACAACGACUGCUUCUCCAAGUCCCUCAACAUCUUCGGCUCGGGGUGGAGUGUCAAGGCCAUGUUCACCAGCCACCAGUGGACGAACGAAAGCCUCCAGUCCAACAGUCUGCUGACUCUGGAUCCCAACAUCAGUGGCGUGUUUAUCGGGCCCUACCCGUUUGGCAUUGACCCCAUUUGGAACAUGGCGGUGAAUCGUUUGUCCUUCCUGAACUCCUACAAGAUGAAGAUGUCCGUCAUAAUCGGGGUCGUGCACAUGACCUUCGGAGUGGUGCUCAGUGUUUUCAACCACUUACACUUCCGGCAGCGCUACAACGUGUACCUGGUGUUCCUCCCUGAGCUGCUCUUCCUGCUGUGUCUCUUUGGCUACCUGGUGUUCAUGAUCCUCUACAAGUGGCUGGCCUUCGGGGCCCCGGACUCUCGCACGGCUCCCAGCAUCCUCAUCCACUUCAUCAACAUGUUCCUCAUGCAGGACGCCGACGUCAGUCCUCUCUACCCGGGACAGAAAGGGCUACAGGUCUUCCUGGUGUGCGUUGCCGUGAUGUCGGUUCCCGUGCUGUUGCUAGGGAAACCGCUCUUCUUCUACUGGCUGUACCGCGGUGGGAAAGGGCUGAGGAGACACAGGGGCUAUGAAAGGGUGAGACGUGCAAGCGAGGAAGACGGCGCCCCGACGCCACAAUAUGACGAAGAUGAAGAGGAGGGAAUAGAGGAGCUGCCUAGCAGAGAGGCCGCCGCCACGCCCAAACAGUUUGACUUUGCUGACGUGAUUCUCCACCAGUCCAUCCAUACCAUAGAGUACUGCCUGGGCUGCAUUUCCAACACUGCCUCAUACCUGCGUCUUUGGGCUCUGAGCUUGGCCCACGCUCAGCUGUCGGAGGUCCUGUGGGGCAUGGUGAUGCGUCUGGGCCUGAGGUUCACCUCCAAGCUGGGCGUGAUAGCGCUAGUGCCGGUGUUUGGGCUCUUCGCCACGCUCACCGUGUCCAUCCUCCUAGUGAUGGAGGGUCUCUCCGCCUUCCUACACGCCCUGCGCCUCCACUGGGUUGAGUUCCAGAACAAAUUUUACCGCGGUACGGGUGUCAAGUUCAUCCCGUUUGACUUCUCCCUCAUGCCGUCCAUUUUUGAGCAAGACGGCCUGAUGUAGGCAAACCUAAACACGUCCGAUGUCCUCUAUGAGAGCGGCGGGGACGACCGGUGUCCCGGAACCAUGCUGAACGCUGGAACAAUUCCCACUGUGAUAAUGACAACAUUUACUAUGGACUGAAACCCACUGUCGUAGCAGCUUUUUAUUACCAUGACACCUCCCCGACAUCCCGGCUGCACUACCUGGCUUACGUUAACGCCACUAUUUUCAGCAGACCCCCGGUUUGGCUCAGGGGGCUUCACACAUCUCAAUCUAUUACAUUGGUUUUCUAUUUUAGUUUUUGGAAAUGGGACAUAACUAGAGGCAACACAUUUUCCUGCUAUUUGGCAAGUUGAAACCUGCUAUUCUCCUCGUGCUGUUUGUAUUAUUUAUGACAUUGUCAUUUAAGGUGAAUAAUAAUCCAUUGCAAUGUGAAGUGAAAAAUAAGAAUGUAAACAAAAUGCACAGAAGAUCACACCAAGCAUUUUUAGUGCCAAACGGAUUGGUGUUAUUCACAGAGAUCCCUGCUGGGGUCCCUACACUGACCAGCUGUAGGGGGCCAUCAGCUACACUGGUCAAUAUGUCAACGUAUUACAACGUAACGUUUUGUGAAAGCAUAUUGCCAUAGAGCACUUUUUAAAUAAUGCAGAGAUGAUUGUACAAAAUAAAGUCUUCACUGACUGUGAUGAUGCCAAAUGAAAAUACUUUUAACUGUUUAACAGCUACUUAUUACUGAUAACUUAUUUAAAGGUUUUAAGCAUAUUUUAAAGCCCCCGGUAAUGCUUGCGAGGAAAUGGCCAGAAGGCCAUCCUUUUAUUAUCACACUACUCAUUUGGUAUAUUUAUUUAAAUCGUGUUUCCUGUAUGAGAAUAAUCAUAUUUUAACCAUUUUAAUGUGUUACUUUUGAGAUAUAUGCCAGCAAAUAAAGCAU